AUGACUGAUAUUAAUAAAAUUGUCUCAUCAUUGGCAAUAACAGAUGAAACCAAAAACAAUCCUAACGAUAUAAUUGAUGAUAACGAUGAACAACAUAUUCAAUCGAAAAUUAUUAAAUGUAAAACAAAUAAUCAACAAAUUGAUCUAUCUUCCUAUAAUGUUCUAACGACAAAUGGAACACCGUCAACAACGAUACGUUCGAUCGAUGUACCAAAUGAACAUACAUCAAUAAAACUACAUAUACGACGUGUCUGUUCACCAUCACCAUCACCACCAACCGACACACUAUCAAUCAAUAAAUCCAAUGAACAAUCGAAAACAAAAGUAAUUUCAAGAAAUGUUUUUAAUACAAAUUCCGAAUCAACUAAUAAAUCAUUGGUACGUCGAAUGAUUUCAACACGACGUACGUCCUUAAUUGAAAGUGAUUCAUUAAAGAUAAAUUCAACCAAUUACGAUCAUUCAAAAACAAUUAUUACUAAUCACAUGAAUAUCUAUGAUGAAAAUACAUUAAAAAAUCAAACAACCAAAACCAAUGGAUAUAAACGAAAACUACAAAAUGAUCAACACGAUAAAAAGAAUAUAAAAACUUCCGAUACACUAGUUCAAAUUCGUUCAUCAUCACGUCUGAAACAAAAACAUCAACCGAUCCAUGAACAUCGUCCAUCAACAAUAAAACGUCGUUUAAGCACUGAAUUCCUAUCAAUAUCGACAUUAAUCGAUGAUAAAUCUCAUAGUGAACAUAGAUAUAUUUUCCCAUCUCUGUCAAAACAACAGACAACAAACGAAUGUCAAACAACGGGUGACCUUAUUCAAGUAUUUCAUCAACCGACUCAAACAAAUUAUUUAAUUAAAUCAGAUAAAUCAACGUAUACAGAUUUUAUCGAUCAACCCUAUUGUGAAAAUAGUACACAAACAAUACAAAAAGAUGAACAAGAAACUCAAACAAUUGAUCUUAAUUGUCCAAAUGAUUCUCAAGUUUAUUUAUGUCAAACAACAACAAGUCAAAUACAAUGUGAUGGCAUACCGACACCGUCAUCUCCUGUAUCAUCGCCUAUUCUAAUUAAUCAAUCGAUGGAUUAUUCACAACAAAGAAUUUCAUCGCCCUAUACUGAUCUAUCAUUAACAAAUAGUAAUAAUGAUCGUUCACAAUUAUUUCAAAGUCUUAUACAUAUUGAAGAACAUCCGAAUGGCGGUGCAAGUCUAAUACGUACAUAUUAUAAUGAAUUUGUACGCCUAUCAAAUGAAGAUGCUCAUUUAUUUGUUAAUUACUUUUUUAAUCUUGUCUAUGGUGAAGUUAAUCAACGUGCCAAAUAUUCUAUUGGUGUUUUACAUGAUGGAGCUAGAUAUUUACCUGAUUUAGUUGAUUAUUUUAGUUUAACUUAUCCAAAAAUGGUUGUAAAAACAACAAAUGUAUUUAAUUCCAAGGAAAUUUUCACUACAACAUUGGGAGAAUAUAGAAAUCGCAUUGUACAAACUUAUUCGAACGGAACAUUUCGAUAUGGACCAUUGAUGAGUAUAUCAUUAGUGGGAACAGUUACCGGCAAAGAAGAAUGUGGUGAUUACUUUCCAACAUUUCUUGAUAAACUCGAAGAAAAUCCAUUUCUACAAUCUGUUAUGCCAUGGGGAACAUUAUCAUCUCAAAAAAUGCAAUCGAGAACAGACUCAAACGAUGGACCUAUACUAUGGAUUCGACCAGGCGAACAAUAUGUUCCAACAGCUGAUCAUAAGAAUUGUCAUCCGAAGAAACGCAUGGCUAAUGAACUACGCAAUUUAGCAUUUCUAGGCCGUGGAACCGACCCACGCGAAGUACUCGUUGAAGAUCGAACUAAACCACACAGUGAUCAUUGUGAUAGUGAUGGAUUAGAGACAACGGCAGCUGUUGGAAUAUUGAAAGCUAUACAUGUUGGAACACCGUCCGCAGUAAAUCGAAUGGUAAAAGAUGUUGUUUGUUUUCAUGCUGAAGAUUUUGAAAAAAUUGUUGAUCGAUUAAAAAUCGAUAUUUACGAACCACCAGUUUCACAAUGUUUACAAUGGUGUGACGAUGGUAAACUUAAUCAAUUACGUCGUGAAGGUAUUCGUUAUGUUCGUCUACCACUGUAUGAUAACGAUAUUUAUUUUAUUCCACGAAAUGUUAUUCAUCAAUUUCGUUCAUUAUCAGCAGUAACAUCUAUAGCAUGGCAUGUAAGACUUAAAAAUUAUUAUCCUAAUGAUUUACCUGAUAAUGAAUAUACUCCUUUAUACAGUCCAAUAUCUGAUACAUAG